AGACUACAAUGUAAUGAUCCUGCAAUAUCCUUUUUACGUCCCUACGUGCCGCUGUUGAUCAGUGUGGGGAAAUUAUCUCCCACUCUAUAGCGCAUUUCUCCCUUCUCUGCUCUGUUUCGAUUUCAAGUGGCAGUAUAAAGACGACAGACGACUACAGGCUCACAGUUAAAUAUUUCUAUCGCUGUGGUGUUUUUUAAAUCAAGUUGAAUUUUGCUUUGACUCAACCAUUAUGGGGCGAGGUUUUACAUUGCCACGGAAGCUGUUGUUUCUCUGCAUUUGUGUCGCAAAUGUAACCGUCGGGCAGGUCCGCUAUUCUAUACCAGAGGAAAUGGCGACGGGCUCCAUUGUUGGGAAUAUCGUUCAGGACUUGGGCUUGGAUGUUAUGCGGCUGAAAUCUGGGCGGGCGAGGAUAUUUACCGAGGACGGCAGUGAGUACAUCGGUCUUAAUUUGGACAAAGGGACUCUAAUUGUCAACAAGAGGAUUGAUAGAGAGGAGCGGUGCGGGCUAGUGUCUCCUUGCUCUCUGCAUUUUCAAGUCAUACUGGAUAAUCCUAUGGAGCUGCACCGCGUCGAUGUGGAGAUUCUUGACAUUAAUGAUAACGCUCCGGGUUUUGCUAAGCGGGAAAUGAAUUUUGAAAUCAGUGAAUUAGCUGUAAAGGGAGCCCGUUUUUCUCUUGACAGCGCCAGAGACCCAGACGUUGGGUUGAAUUCUCUCCAAACGUAUAAACUGAAUCCUACAGAUCAUUUCAAAUUAAACAUGCUGUCUCGACCUGACGGUACUAAAUAUGCUGAAAUGAUUCUACAGACCGUGUUAGAUAGAGAAAAUCAAGAAGAGCACAAAUUAACAUUAACAGCAAAUGAUGGCGGUGAUCCCCCUAAAUCAGGGUCUGUCAAAAUAAACGUUAUUGUCAUGGAUGCAAAUGACAAUGCACCUGUGUUCAGCCAGUCUCUUUACAGAGUGACGGUUCCUGAAAACGCAUCAAGUGGUACUGUCAUUUUAAAAGUUAGUGCCACGGAUGCUGAUAAGGGAACAAACGGGGAGCUGGUAUACUCGUUCUCUCAAAAUAGUGAUGUCACAUCAUCUAAAUUUAAUAUGGAUUCUCAUACCGGGGAAAUAACUGUAGGAGGGGAGUUAAAUUACGAGAAAGUCAAACAUUUCGAAAUUGAUGUUGGAGCCACAGAUAAAGGGGGGUUGACAGACACAAGUAAGGUUCUUAUCGAAGUGACCGAUGUGAAUGACAAUGCCCCUGUCAUCAGCAUAAUUUCCCUUUCCAACCCCAUCCCAGAGGAUUCGGCUCCAGAUACUGUUAUAGCUAUGCUCAAUAUAAAAGAUCUAGACUCGGGUAAAAAUGGUCAAGUUAAGUGUUUCAUUAGCCCAGAUUUACCUUUUAAAAUCAAGUCGACGACGUCUAAUUUUUAUAGCUUGGUAUCUGAUGAAGAUCUGGACCGUGAAACUGUGCCUGAAUAUAAUAUAACAAUAACUGCAAUGGAUGAAGGUUCACCGCCUUAUUCAACGAGCAAGACCAUUAAUUUAAGAAUAUCAGACAUAAACGACCACGCCCCAAUGUUCCCACAACCAUUUCUGAACGCUUUCAUCCCUGAAAAUAAUUCACCUGGCAUGUCAGUCCUCUCUGUCAAAGCCAGUGACCAGGACUUUGGGAACAAUGCACGCAUUUCCUAUUUCCUAGAGGAAAGUCAGCUGAACGGGAUGUCAGCCUCUUCAUAUUUUUCAGUGAAUGCAGAGAGUGGAGAGAUACUUGCUGUGCGUUCCUUCGACUAUGAGCAAAUGAAAGAUUUCCAUAUCCGAGUCAAAGCUCAGGAUGGAGGCUCUCCUCCACUCAGUGGUAAUGUGACUGUGAAAAUACUGAUCCAGGACCAGAACGACAACCCCCCUCAGGUUCUGUACCCAGUCCAGACUGGUGGCUCUCUGGUGGCUGAACUGGUGCCUCGUUCAGCAGAUGUGGGCUAUCUGGUCACUAAAGUGGUGGCUGUUGAUGUGGACUCUGGACAGAAUGCCUGGCUCUCCUAUAAACUGCAGAAAGCCACAGACAGGGCGCUGUUUGAAGUGGGCUCACAGAAUGGAGAAAUAAGAACUAUCCGCCAAGUCACUGAUAAAGACGCAGUGAAACAAAGACUGAGUGUUAUAGUGGAGGACAACGGGCAGCCCUCUCGUUCAGCUACAGUCGUUGUUAACGUGGCGGUGGCAGACAGCUUCCCGGAAGUGCUGUCGGAGUUCACUGACUUUACGCACGACAAGGAGUACAACGACAACCUGACUUUUUACUUAGUGCUGGCUCUGGCUGUAGUUUCCUUCCUCUUCAUCACGUGUGUUGUUGUUAUCAUCUCAGUGAAAAUCUACAGAUGGAGACGCGAGCGCCUGGUUUACAAAUCCACUGGGAAUCUUCCAGUCAUUCCAUAUUACCCGCCCCUUUACACAGACGUAGGAGGCACCGGUACCCUCAAGCAGGCCUUUAGCUAUGAGGUGUAUGGAACUACUGACUCCCGGAAGAGUGAUAUGAAAUACCCAGGACCCUUCAGUCAGAGCACUCUGAGUUUUGACCACAGUGCUACCAGGACUGUACCAAGACACAAAACAGAGUCAGAGAAUACUCUCACAGAGCUCAACAUUGCCCACAAAGAUACAACUGCACCACUCUGCAGCAGAGAGUGA